UCAUUGUUAUUUCAAUUUUCCUGUAAAAAUGUUGAAAUGGUUUAUAAUUUCUUGUUGUCUAUUAACUGCAAUUUCAUAUUCAACAUACUACUUAUUCACAUCAAAUUCUUGGAUAAAAACAGUAAAAACGCAUACUUAUUCUCGAUUUUAUCAACUUAUAAAAGAAAAUACAAAAACUCAAUUAGAUAGAUUACAAGAAGAAGCAAAACUUUCUGGAAAAUCGUUAAUACCACCAUUUAUCAAUUUCGAUAGAGAAUAUGCUAUAGCUCCCAAAUACAAUAUUUCAAUUUGUCGUAUCAAGAAAUCAAUGUCUACAUUGAUGUCAGGUGUUGCAUGUGUUCUUUAUGAUACUGGAAAAUUUAUGAGAAAUAAUCGAAGUAUUCUCGAAGUUUGGAGUCAUCGUUUUUGUGGUGAAAAGAAUGAAUAUCGAAGAAUGAAUGAAGUGAAAUGGAGAAUGGGUGAUGCACAUCAUACAUUUAAAAAGAUUGUAGUCAUUCGAGACCCAAUUGCUAGAUUCAUUUCAUUUUUUUCAAACAAAUGCAUUUUCGAAGCCCAAAAAUACCCUGAUCGUAAGCAAUGCUAUAAUUGUCAAGGAAAUGUCACUUGCUUUUUGGAAAAACAAUAUGAACGUUUUGUUCAACAUUCAAGUGAUUAUUCGAGAAUAAGACCAUCUUAUGAAGAUAAACAUGCUGCUCCGUUAUCCUGGAAUUGUGAAUUUGGAAAGUUUCUCAAAGAUUAUAAAAUUAUAAAACUGGCUGUUGACCCAAAAGAUCGGAAAAAUGGAUUAGCAAAUUUGAUGAAUGUACUCAAAGAAAGCAAUGUUCCAAAUUCAACGCUACGAUUUAUUGAAAAAUCAGCAUUGGAAGGAGAAACAAUGCAUGCAACUUAUGAUUCAGAUGCUCACGAUGUUGUGAAAAAAGAAAUAGAAAAUGAUAAAAAGAUAAGAGAAUGGUUGAAAAGAAUAUAUUACCUAGAUUUUGUAAUAUUUGAUUUUGAUACAACUUUUAUUAAUAGCUAGUACUUCCUUUCUAUUUUUGUUUAUUGUCUCUGAAACCUUUACUGAAAAACUUUUUUUAAUUCGUUGAUUGAUCUCCGCUCAAUUUUUUUUUGUAGUUUUGGUAUGAAAUAAAAGUUUGAUUGAAUAUUUA